AUGGCCAUGUCCAUGGCGAUGUCAAAGGCCUUCACCGCGCGCCAUUCGGAACAUUUGCACCACCGCCUCGUGGCGGCGAGCUCCAAGUCCCAGGCGGAGCCGCGGCUGCCACUCCUCCCGCGGCGUCCGGGCCUAGCGGCGGUCACGGUCACGGUCGCGUCCCGCCCGCGGCUCCUGCCGGCGAGCCCCAGGUCUACGAGGUCGGAUGAGUCGGACCUUUCCCCUACCCCGCCUUCGGAACGCACCAUGACGGCCUGGGACCUCGCCAGCCUCUGGGUCGGCCUCGUCGUCGGCGUGCCGUCUUACUACCUCGCGGGCAGCCUCGUGGACCUCGGCAUGUCCGCGCUCCAGGGCGUCGCCACCGUCGCCUUUGCCAACCUCAUCGUCCUCGUCACGCUCGUCCUCACGGCCGCGCCCGCGGUCACGCACGGCCUGCCGUUCCCGGUGCUCGCGCGCGCCGCCUUCGGCGUCCGCGGCGCGCACGUCCCGGCCGUCAUCCGCGCGCUCGUCGGCUGCGGCUGGUUCGGCAUCGAGUCCUGGAUCGGGGGCCGCGCCAUAUUCUUGCUCCUUCCGUCCCGGCUCAAGUCCUACCCGCCGCUGCUCACGCCGGUGCCCAGGCUCGGCGCGGCGCCGCUCGAGUUCGCGUGCUUCCUCGCGUUCUGGGCCGCGCAGCUCGGCGUCAUCAUGAACGGCAUGGAGGGCAUCCGCAAGCUCGAGAAGUACUCGGCGCCGGUGCUCAUCGUGCUCACCUCGGCGCUGCUGGCCUGGGCCUACACAUCGGCCGGUGGGUUCGGGCGCAUCCUCGCGCUGCCGCCGAGGCUGACAGGCGCAGAGUUCUGGAAGGUCUUCUUCCCGUCGCUCACAGCCAACAUCAGCUUCUGGGCGACGGUGGCCAUCAACAUACCGGACUUCGCGCGGUACGCGCGCAGCCAGGCGGACCAGGUGCUCGGCCAGGCGGGGCUGCCAGUGUUCAUGGGCAUGUUCACCUUCGCCGGGCUCGCCAUCACCUCGGCCACUGAGGCCAUCUUCGGCCACGUGAUAUCCGACCCGAUCGAGCUCCUUGGCCGCAUUGGAGGGCCGGCGACGACGUUCCUUGCCAUCUUCGGCAUCGGCCUCGCAACCAUCACGACCAACAUCGCCGCCAACGUCGUCGCACCGGCGAACGCGCUGGUCAGCAUGAGCCCGCGGAGGUUCACGUUCGCCAAGGGGGCGUUCGUCACCGCGCUGCUCGGCAUCGCCUUCCAGCCUUGGCGGCUGCUCAGCUCCAGUGAGAGCUUCGUGUACACCUGGCUUCUCGGCUACUCGGCGCUCAUGGGCCCCAUCGGAGGGGUCGUCCUCGCCGACCACUACAUUGUCCGGCGCACCGCCUUGGACGUCGACGCGCUCUACUCCGAAGACAGGGGCAGCCCUUACUAUUUCCAGGGUGGUUUCAACGUCGCUGCGAUGGUUGCAAUGGCGGCCGGAGUUGCGCCUAUCGUGCCGGGAUUUCUGCACAAGGUUGGAGUUCUGCCUAGUGUCUCCAGUGCGUUUGUCACGUCGUACAACAAUGCCUGGUUCGUCAGUUUUUUCGUCGCCGGCGCCGUCUACUGUCUGCUCUGCAGCCGGUGA